CAGUUAAGUUUAAAGAAUAGCCCUAGUGGGGAGAGAGUGCAUGCAACACAAAUCUUCAUUUUCAUGGUCAUUGUCAUCACCCUCUUAGGAUUCCUAUAUUUUAUACUCUUCUACACCUACGUGCUUGCCUCAAUGGAAUGUAAUGUAGUAUGUUUCAGCCCUUACACUUUUUGAGUUUCUUUUGGUUAUGUUAAAGUCAAUUCUUGAAUUGUUUUAAUACUAAUGAAUGUGGAGCCUCUUUCUUUAGUUGUGUUAUUGCUGUUUCUUCUGUUUCUCAUUUGACCUGCAAGACUCAUUUGGCAUUCUUCUUGCUUUCUCACCUGCUCAGCAUUAUAGAAGGAGAUUUUACAACUAAAGAAUGGAAACAAUGGCAUCGGCAUCUGCAUCGAUUCGCCUACCCCCGGAACCAGCCAACUACGAUGAAGUUUCUAUGCACCAGAGUUUGCUCUUUUCCAACAGUCUUGAGGAUUUGAAGAACCUGAGAAAUCAGCUGUACUUGGCUGCGAAGUAUUUUGAGAAAUCAUUCACCAAUGACGGAUCUAAACAGAUAGCAGUCGACGCGUUGAAAGCUUACACUAUUAAAGCGCUUGUGAGUACUGUAGACCAUCUGGGGUCUGUAUCCUACAAGGUUAAUGAUCUCCUGAGUGAGAAAAUUGAUGAAGUUUCUGUAACAGAUAUCCGAGUUUCACAAAUUGAACAGCGACUACGGACAUGCCAGACAUAUAUUGAUCGAGAAGGCCUCUCCCAGCAGUCACUAGUGAUUAGUACUCCCAAGCACCAUAAGCAUUAUAUCUUGCCAGUUGGAACGACCAUGCAUGGUGGAAACAAAAGUAAAGCAAAGUACGAAGGAUGUAAUCUUGAUGAUCAAGAUGACUGGCGUGAAUUAAAGAAUGCUAUUCGAGCUACAGUCACAGAAACACCAACAUCAUCAUUCAGAAGGGAGCGUUCCCCAUCACCUUCAACACCAUCACAGCAACAUCAGAGUUUAAUAAUCAGCGGGAACGUGUCAAAAAGACAUUUAGAGAAGCGAACAGUUUCACCACAUCGAUUCCCUCUUCUACGUUUUGGAUCCUUCUCUAGCAGGCCAGCAUCACCAAAUUCAAGAUCUGGCACUCCAAACUCAAGAUCAACCACACCAAAUCUCAGUCGGCCUACCACCCCAAACUUAAGACAAGGGUAUCUUUUGGAGUCUCGAAAAUCAGUUUCAAUGCGUCACAAUGUGGAUGGAGAGAAUUUCAAAGUGAGCGAUCAUAUUCCCAGCAAAAGUAAACGUCUGCUUAAGGCGUUGCUUACUAAACGCAGACUAAAGAAAGAUGAUACACUAUACACAUAUCUGGAUGAAUACUGAUUUGAUUAGCUAGAAGGAAAUCAGAGGAAAAGAAAGGAGGAACAUAAAAUUACCUCAAGUUUCUCUCGUAUCUUCUUCAUUAGCUACAUGCCUGCAAUGUUUUUCAAUCUCUGCACCCCUACCUUAAGGUGUUCUCAGUCAACGCAGUUGUCUAUAUAUUUCUCAUCUUUACGAAGUAGGUUGUCACCACAUAUUGUGCGGAUGGUAGUUAUGUUUCCACAGAAGCUCAGGAUUCGUAGCUAGAGAGUAUGUAAAUGAAUGUAUGGUUACGACUUACAUAUAUUUGAAUAUAUUUCUAGGAAGUCACUUGCUCGUC